AUGAAUGUCAAGUUGAUCAAGGAGGUUUCUGUGGAAGAGAUCAAGAAAGCGGCCUUCCAAUUGGGAUCUUUGAAGGCUCCUAGGCCUAACGGUUACCCUGGGGAACUCAACCGUACUAAUAUAGUCUCGAUUCCCAAAGUCUUGUUUCCAGUGUCUCUUGGCCAAUAUCGACCUAUCAGUCGCUGUAAUUUCUCUGUAAAAGUAAUCACAAAGGUUAUGGCUAAUAGACUGAAAAGCCACUUACAAAAGGCUUAUGAUAGAGUUGAGUGGGAUUUUCUUGAGGCUCUUUUGUUAAAAAUGGGUUUUCAUUCUAGGAGGGUUCAGUGGGUUAUGCAGUGCAUAUCAACUGUCAACUUCUUUGUGGUUCUAGAGAGGCUAACAGUAUUUCAGGUAUCAAGUUUCAUCGAAACUGCCCUAAGUUGUCCGAUAUCUUCUUUGCUGAUGAUGCUUUGCUGUUCUUUAAAGGCUGGAUUCCAAAGCUGUGACAGAAUUAAGAAAAUCCUGGAGAUUUAUGGGAUAGCUUCUGGUCAAAGAAUAAAUUUUGAUAACUCUAGUGUCACUUUUUCCUCCAACAUGUGUGACAAUGAUAAUCAGCUGGUAUGUGAUUUACUUGAUGUCCCUUUGAUGAAGAGUGAUGCUAAGUAUCUGGGGCUGCCUUUUUUACAGGGGAAAUCUAAAACAGAGGCCUAUUCUUUUAUUAUGGAGAAGACGGUGGGAAAGCUAUAG